AUGGCCGACGACACUCGGGAGAUAAAACCAGACACAGUUAAUGUUGCACUGGGCGAUAUGAAGUUGGAGGAAGGAACUCUGCAGGUUGAGGGUGAAGGGGUGAAUGGGAUAUACGACGGCGUCCCGACGACGCCUGGAAAAGUUGAGAUGUCUGGCUCCUCUACCCCCGCGACGAGGAACUCCGCAUCUCAAUCACCUGUCAAAAAAAAGAGCGCCAGCCUGUCUCCUAGCCCUAAAUCAGAGGUUGAUGAAGAUGAAGAGGUUAUUGGCGGCGGGAUCACCUUAACGGUCGAGCCAGGAAAAGGUGCAAAGCUGUCACGAAAAUCCUCACAAAAAGUAGUCUCACGGCCGGCACCAAUUUUUGACCACUUGCCAGACGCUACGGAGGUGGCCACGUCGGUAUUUCAGGUAAUUAAGGAUUGUAUCUAUGGCUCUAAGUACAUGGGAUAUUCAGAGCACGAUUCUCUUGAUUGCGACUGUUCUGAAGAGUGGAGCAAUGGCAAAAACCAUGCGUGCGGCGAAGAUUCGGACUGCAUUAACCGCGCGACGAAGAUGGAGUGUGUCGAUGGGGAUUGCAACUGUGGUCUUGGAUGUCAAAACCAGCGUUUUCAGCGCAAAGAGUAUGCCAAUGUCUCUGUGAUCGAGACGGCGCAGAAGGGCUACGGAUUACGGGCGAAUACCGACCUCUACCCCAACGAGUUCAUUUUUGAGUAUAUCGGCGAAGUUAUUAACGAGCCGACAUUCCGACGCCGGACCAUCCAGUACGAUGAAGAGGGCAUUAAGCAUUUCUAUUUUAUGUCGCUGACGAAGAAUGAGUUCGUCGAUGCGACCAAGAAAGGCAAUCUCGGGCGCUUCUGCAAUCAUUCCUGUAAUCCCAACUGUUACGUGGACAAAUGGGUUGUCGGCGAGAAGUUGCGCAUGGGCAUUUUUGCCGAGCGACACAUCAAAGCCGGCGAAGAGCUUGUGUUCAACUACAAUGUCGACCGUUAUGGUGCUGAUCCCCAACCCUGUUAUUGUGACGAGCCGAACUGUACCGGCUUCAUUGGCGGUAAGACCCAAACGGAGCGUGCGACCAAGCUGUCCCAUGCCACUAUUGAAGCUCUUGGGAUUGAUGAUGGUGAUGGCUGGGACACUGCGGUUGCCAAGAAACCCCGGAAGAAGAAGACCGGCGAGGACGAUGAGGAAUACGUUAAUAAUGUUCAACCCAGGGGUCUUGACGAAGAUGGUGUCCGCAAGGUCAUGGCUACACUCAUGCAGUGCAAGGAGAAAUGGAUUGCCGUCAAGUUACUUAGUCGCAUCCAGCGCUGUAACGAUGAUAAAGUCCGCAACAGGGUCGUGCAGAUGCACGGCUACCAAAUCCUUCGCUCUACCCUAACAACCUUCCAAGACGAUAACAAUGUUGUUUUGCAAAUAUUCGACAUUCUGUACAAAUUUCCUCGACUCACCCGGAACAAGAUUAGCGAUUCCAAAAUCGAGCCUACGGUUGAGGCAUUUGUGAAUUCUGAGCAUGAAGAUGUCGCGUUUGAAGCCAAGAGACUCCUCGAGGAAUGGGGCAAACUCGAGGUUGCCUAUCGAAUACCUAGAAAGAAGUUUGAUCCUAAUGCCGUUCAAGCUUACGAGCGAAGAAACGCAGAACGAGUGGAAGAAUCCACUAAAUCCCCUGCCCCAGCUCUUGUUGCCCCAACCGGCCCCCGAAAUAAUGUCCCGCAAAGAACUUUCGUCCCCCGACCCCCAAUACGAAGACCCUUCAAUCCUUUACCUACUGGUUGGUUCACUGCAACGGACGAGAAAGGAAACACGUACUAUUAUAGCAAGAGCGGUCAAACAACUUGGCAGAAGCCUUAUCUGCCUGCUGCAGAACCUCCUCCACCCCCAAAGGCCCCCCCGAAAAGUGUUCAGACCCAGAAGGCGUUGCAAGAUAUCAUUCAAAGUAUCAUCAAGUCCGACUCAAAUUCUCAGACUCCUUCGCAAAGCGCUGCAACUCCUCAAUCCACGCCUAAGGAAAAGAAGCACCCGUCCGAGAAAUGGAGAUCGUUGCCUCAGGAGAAGCAAAUGAAGCUUUAUGAGAACACCCUCUUUCCACACAUUAAAUACGUCAUGCAAAAAUUUACCAAACAGCUACCGAAGGAGGAUCUCAAGAAAUUCGCCAAAGAAGUCGGCAAAAAGCUCGUCGCAUCUGACUUCAAGAAUAGCCGAGUUGAAGACCCCACCAAGAUCUCCGAGAAACAGGAGAAGAAGGUUAAGAAGUACGUUAGGGAUUAUUUCGAGAAGGCUGUGGAGAAGAGGAAAAUCCUGGAUAAGAAGAAGCGAGAAAAAUUGGUAGCAAAUGGCACCUCCUCUCCAUCGAAUGCAGAUCCUAAAGAUGAUCCUUCUUCACAGCCCGAGAUGAAUGGAAAGGUUGUCUCAGAGCUAGAGGCCGAGAUGGACGUUGAUGAGGAGCAAGCGAAGGAAGAUAGCGAUAUGGAUCUCUCCGGUGCUGAUCGCGAUACCCUUACACAAGCUACGCAGGCUACACCCUCUGAACCACCAACCUCACCCUCUCCAGACCUAAAGCGGAAGCGCGAAGCAGAAGAAGAUACCCUUAAUACCGAGGACACGGAGUCUAAUAAAAGGCUCAAGGAAGGAGAUGAUGACGUUCCUACACCACCUCCGCCGCCGCCUCCUCCUGCAGAGGGAAUGCCGGAGACAGACGCAGAGCUGGAGGCUCUAGGUGAUGAACAAUUAACUCAAGAACAAACUGAGGAAGAAAAAGAACUCCGAAGGCAAGAAGAAGAGCUCAUGCGUGAGAAUGAAGAGGCCAUGAUGAUGGAUCUCGACGGGGCUUUCCAACAAAAUAGCAAGGUAGCCAUCGACCUUCCGCAUACAACCACAUCACUGCUAGGAGAUAUCAAUGGCAAUGGCACCGGAGUGGAGAAAUUGGAUAAUAACCCCGAUAGUAAUGCGGCUCGGGAGCGCGAGGAGGUAAUGAGCCACUGA